ACCAGAAAUUUUUCAUUUAAGAAAACCAAAGCAAAUCCAAUAUAUCUCUUCCUCCCCGCCUUUCUUUCUCUCCCUCUCUUCCUCUCUGGAGAGCCAAAAAGAAAUUAAAAAAAAAAUCAUCCAUCGCCACAUCUAAGGAUCGAGCUGUGAUAAAAAGACUCGAUUUUGAUGCGGAUUUCCGGGGCAUCGGUGUUGUGAACUGGUCCAGAGCCCUGAGCUCGUAGUUCUUUGUAUGUGGCUUCAAGGGUGAAACAAUGGCUUCUCCUGCUUCCCUUGCUACUCUGGGAAGCGUGAGGACAAACUCGUCGACGGUCUUCGAGGUCUCUCCUUCGCCUGGAGCCGUUAGGAGAAUUCGCAUCAUUUCUAGGAUUAGUUUUCGUAGUGUUGGCGGUGUGCAGCGACGGUCCCGUUCCCCUGGUCGAGUCUGUAGGUGUCUGGUCACCACCGACUUGAUCGAGGAGAAGGGAAUUCCGUUUUCUUCAGAAUCUACUUAUAGGGGUAGUAGUGGCAGCAGAGAAGAUGAUGCUGAUCUUGUCCUUAAGCCUCCUCCCAAGCCUGUCUCGAAGGCCCAGCCAAAUGGGCCCGAUCCUGUGAACUCAGCAUUGUGGUCUCCAGACAAAGUUGUUCAUGAUAAGAUGCUGGAGACUGGACAAGAAGAUAGAGAUAAAAUGAUAGAGUCACUUGGGGAGGUCUUGGAGAAGGCAGAAAAGCUUGAGACAGCAAAGAGGGUCAAAUUGGAUGGAAAAGAGAUUAGGGGCAAUGGCAAGUCCAGUGGUAGCUCAAGACCUAGUAGACCGGUGAACACUUCACCGACAAGGAAGUCAAAGAUGUCAAAGAGCAUCUGGCGAAAGGGGAACCCCGUGGCAAAUGUGCAAAAGGUGGUAAAAGAGAUACCGAGAAUUGAGAGAGAGAAAGGGCAGGAACAGAAAGGUCGUUCUCCAGUGACAGAAGCGAACAAACCUGAAGCUCUUCCACUUGCACCUUUGCAAAAUCAAAUGCCUUCACCAUCCCAAGUCAUUCCAAAGCUGCAAGUGAAGCCUUCUGUUGCUCCAUCUGCACCUCCAGCUCCCCCUGUAGCAAAGAAACCUGCUAACUUAAAAGACCGGAAGCCAGUUCUUAUAGAUAGGUUUGCUUCCAAGAAGCCAGUUGUCGAUCCCAUUGCAGCGGAAGCAUUAUUAGUGCCUACAAAACCAGUGAAAGGACCUGCUCCAUCAAAAGCCAAAGAAGAGCGUCGCAAGAAAUCAAGUGCGGCUGGAGGUGUGCGUAGGCGUCUGGUGGAUGAUGCUGACAUACCUGAUGAGGAUGCUUCAGAACUUGAUGCGCCUAUUCCUGGUGUGACAGGGGCAAGGAAAGGCAGGAAAUGGAGUAAGGCAAGCCGUAAGGCUGCUAGACUCGAGGCAGCUAAAGCUGCAGCACCUGUUAAAGUAGAGAUUCUGGAGGUGGGUGAGGAGGGGAUGUUCACUGGGGAUCUGGCUUAUAAAUUAGCAGUCAGCGAAGCGGAUAUCCUUGGAUAUUUAUACUCAAAAGGAAUAAAGCCUGAUACAGUGCAUACUCUGGAUAAAGACAUGGUCAGGAUGAUAUGCAAGGAAUAUGAUGUGGAAGUAUUAGAAAAAGAUCCCAUAAGGGUGGAAGAGAUGGCAAAGAAGAAAGAACUGCUUGAUGAGGAGGAUUUGGACAUGUUGGAGGAUAGGCAUCCAGUUAUUACAAUAAUGGGUCAUGUUGAUCAUGGAAAGACAACGCUUUUGGACUAUAUUCGUAAGAGCAAGGUGGUAGCGACUGAGGCAGGUGGAAUAACCCAAGGUAUUGGGGCAUAUAAAGUUCUCAUCCCAGUUGAUGGAAAGGCUCAGGCCUGUGUCUUUCUUGAUACUCCAGGGCAUGAGGCAUUUGGUGCCAUGAGGGCACGUGGAGCAAGGGUGACUGACAUUACCAUUAUUGUGGUAGCUGCUGAUGAUGGAGUGCGCCCCCAAACAAAUGAGGCAAUAGCUCAUGCCAAGGCAGCUGGUGUGCCUAUUAUAAUAGCCAUAAAUAAGGUAGAUAAAGAAGGAGCGAAUCCUGAACGUGUUAUGCAAGAACUUUCUUCUAUUGGCCUUAUGCCAGAAGUGUGGGGUGGUGACAUCCCAAUGGUCCAGAUAAGUGCUCUUAAAGGAAACAAUGUCGAUGAAUUAUUGGAAACUGUCAUGCUUGUUGCUGAGCUGCAAGAAUUGAAGGCAAAUCCUCAUAGAAAUGCAAAGGGUACUGUCAUUGAGGCAGGUCUUGAUAAAUCAAAGGGACCCACUGCCACACUGAUUGUGCAAAAUGGAACCCUCAAAAGGGGUGAUGUUGUUGUGUGUGGUGAAGCCUUUGGAAAGGUCCGUGCUAUGUUUGAUGAUAGAGGAGGUCGUGUUGACCAAGCUGGACCAUCCAUGGCUGUGCAGGUAAUUGGCUUGAGCAGUGUUCCUAUUGCUGGUGAUGAAUUUGAGGUUGUUGACUCCCUUGAUGUUGCACGUGAAAGGGCAGAUGCAUGUGCAGAAUCAUUAAGGGUUGCACGAAUAUCUGCAAAGGCUGGGGAGGGAAAGGUCACUCUCUCUUCCAUUGCUUCUGCUGUAUCAGCUGGAAGACAGUCGGGACUAGAUAAGCAUCAGCUAAAUAUUAUCCUGAAAGUCGAUGUUCAGGGUUCAAUUGAAGCCAUCAGACAUGCUCUUCAAGUUCUCCCACAGGAUAAUGUUACUCUGAAGUUCCUUCUUCAAGCACCAGGUGAUGUGAGUACUAGUGAUGUUGAUCUCGCUGUUGCCACUGAGGCCAUUAUAUUUGGCUUCAAUGUGAAAGCACCAGGUUCAGUUAAGAGCUAUGCAGAGAAAAAGAAUGUUGAAAUUUGUCUCUAUGGGGUCAUUUAUGAUCUUAUUGAUGAAAUGCGUAAUGCAAUGGAAGGACUUUUAGAGCCUGUUGAGGAGCAAGUUCCAGUAGGAUCAGCAGAUGUUCGAGCCACAUUUAGCAGUGGUAGUGGACGUGUCGCUGGAUGCAUGGUCACUGAGGGGAAAGUGGUGAAAGAUUGUGGUGUUUGGAUUGUUCGAAAUGGGAAAACAAUUCACACAGGCAAUAUUGAUUCUUUGAGACGAGUGAAAGAAGAGGUGAAGGAGGUUGGUGCUGGACUAGAAUGUGGUAUUGGUGUGAGUGACUUCAAUGAUUGGGAGGUUGGAGAUAUUAUCAAGGCUUUUAAUGCUGUGACGAAGCGACGAACACUUGAGGAGGCAUCAGCUUCGGUGACAGCUGCAUUAGUUGGAGCGGGUGUUGAGUUGUGAAAUAGGCUAGAUGGUGCAGAACAUUUGCAGAACAAGUUAUUGUUCAGGAUGGACCUGAGUAGCAUCUGACUCAAAGUUUACAAUCUGUCUUCAGCUACGAUGUAAUAUAUCUUUCAUGGCUAAGCUUGGAUGGCAUUCUCCACUCUGUUUUUCGGAAGUCUGGCUCUGCUGCAGCUGAUGUUGUAUGCUAAAUGUACAUAAGGAAUCUCAGCUGUCAACUUUUCCUUCUAUUUUGUAGAGAAGGGGCAUUUAUUUAACCUUUUGAUGAUUUGAGCACAACAACCUGUAAUAGAUCCAACAACAAUUGAAUCAUUGUCAUAAUUUCACCAUACAGUUUAUUUGAUACCUCAGUCAUGUCUAUCCUUUGAUGUUUAUCAGCUGGGACAUCAAAUUGUACUAAACAAAAUAUAAAGACAAAAAAUAAAAUUAUACUAUUCUACUUA